CAUCUUCCCAAAAGUGCAAACAUAAUAUGUGGAGUAUUGUAUAGGCAGCAUAAUUCCCCUGAGCGUUUUCAGGAAUAUUUUGACUCGACAAUGGAAAAGCUUAGCACCACUGGAAAACAGAUUAUUCUUAUGGGUGACUUUAAUAUAAAUCUUCUCCAUGUUCAUACUAGUACUCACGCCCAAAAUUUUAUGCUAUCUUUGCAAAGCCUGAACCUGACUCCGACAAUCGACAAACCAACAAGAGUUCACAACAACUCUUACUCAUUAAUUGAUAACAUCUUUAUUAACAGUCUAGAAUAUAGUAUCUGUAGUGGAAACAUAGUCUCGGAUCUAACAGACCACUUUUCUCAAUUUUGUAUACUAAACUUUUCUACUAAUCGAGAUCUCUGUGAUCAAUCGAAAUCUAAGCGGUUAACUCGUGACUUCUCAAACUACUCAGAAACAAAGUUCCUAAGUGAGCUAUCUGAAAUUGACUUAAUGGGUACAAUUUGUAAUAAGACAGACAUAAACAAAUCAUUCUCUACAUUUCACAAUAAACUGAACAAGCUCCUCAAUAAGCACGCCCCAUUAAAGCCAAUUUCAAAACGCAGCCUAAGAAAACAACAAAAACCCUGGAUAACAAAAGGCAUCAGAAGAUCAAUUAAGAUCAAGAAUUCACUCUAUUAUUCUGGUGACAGUAAAACCUACAAAAUUUAUCGUAACAAAAUACUGAUGCUCACACGAAUAAGUAAAAGGAAUUUUUUCCACAACUAUUUCGAAGAUAACCUAAGUAACAUUAAAAAGACUUGGGAAGGUAUAAACAAUCUUUUAGGUCGCAAACGUAAAGCUAUCAAACAUAUCACCUCGCUUAAACGCCUGGGAUCUGAUCAAAUUUCAUACGAUUCCUCUGACCUUCCUGACAUUAUGAAUGAGUAUUUUUCCUCAAUUGGUCAUAACCUAGCUUCCAAAAUGCCAAACCCGCAGAAGGAAUUUUUUGAUUAUCUUCCAAAAUCACGUAAUGCUGAUUCUUUCUUUUUCAAUCCAGUAACACAAACUGAAAUUGAGUCCGAAAUUAUGAACACGCCAUUAAACAAGGCUCAUGGAUUGUAUUCUUUCCCCACUCGCGUCUUGCGAUCAGCUAGACAUAUUCUUAGCCACCCCCUAUCUGUACUAAUCAACAAGUCGGUUGAACAUGGAAUAUAUCCCACUAAAUUAAAGCUUGCUAAAGUAAUCCCAAUACACAAAGCCAAUGACGAUUCUGACCCAUCCAACUACAGACCCAUAUCACUACUUUCAGUCUUCAACCGAAUCUUUGAAAAAAUGAUGUACAUUCGCUUGAAAUCAUUUCUUGAAAAGUUCAGUAUUCUCUAUGAUUCACAGUAUGGAUUUCGUGAAAAGCGGUCCACUGAACAUGCUAUCUUGGAAAUCACCAAUCAGAUUCAAACUAAUAUGGAUAGAAAGCUGUACACCUGCGGAAUAUUUAUUGAUUUACAAAAAGCUUUUGACACAGUCGACCACUCAAUACUUUUAAAGAAACUUGAACAUUACGGUAUACGCGGGAUUGUGAAUGACUGGUUUAUUUCCUACCUUACUAGUCGCAAGCAAAUAACUGAAUUUGGCCCCUCAAAUAUAUCUAAGAAAGCGACAGUAUUAUCUGGGGUUCCCCAAGGAUCAGUCCUAGGGCCUCUGCUCUUUCUUGUUUAUAUAAAUGAUAUUUGUAACAGUUGUAACCGAAUGAAGUUUUACCUACUCGCAGACAAUACGAAUCUUUUAUAUUAAGAUAAAAACCUAAAAUCCCUGGAAUCUAUGGUAAACGAUGAGCUCUGUAAGCUCUACGACUGGCUAAUAGCGAACAAAUUAUUUCUAAACAUUAAAAAAUCUAAUUACGUUAUUUUUCGACCAAGACAAAAAAAUGUCAAAUACGAAGUUAAUUUAAAAAUAUUCAACCAUCAUACCAACUCUUACACACCUUUGGAACGUAAAAGUUAUGUUAAAUAUCUAGGCGUGCUUAUUGAUGAGAACCUCUCUUGCAAACAUCAUAUUUUAAAUAUAGCCUCUAAAAUAAGCACAUCGAUUGGCAUUAUUGCUAGGCUAAGACAUUUCGUACCACUUAAUACUUUACAACAUAUAUACAGAUCGUUGAUUCAACCCUAUUUGUUAUAUGGCAUAACAGCGUGGGGCCAAGCAGACAAAAUCCACAGAAACAAAAUCCUAUGUCUUCAGAAAUGUGCCCGUCGCCUCAUGUUUUUUGGUGAUUAUAAAGCUCACGCAGUACCCUUCUUCAUUUCAUCCAGUCUACUACCUCUAGAUCUUCUUUACUUCAAGUCAGUUGUCGUCUUAAUGUAUGACGUCUCAAAUAACACAUCGCCACCUCAAAUACGUAAUUUAUUUAAUUACCAACAUAAUAUUCAUUCACAUAACACAAGAUCAUCAACAAGAGGCAACUUCUUUCUCGAAUACUCUAGAUUAGACAAGCUAAACAUGUCUUUUUUAAGGAACGGUGUUAGAGUCUGGAAUAACCUAUCUAAUGAAAUUCGUCAAAUGCCUAAAGUGAAAUUUAAACGCAACAUUCACAAUAUGCUCCUUCAGAAACUCUUGGAGGCGAAUGAGUAUAUGGAUCUAUUGGAUUUGAAUAUGUCUUGAAAACUAAACUCAGUUCAUUCUAUUAGCUUUCUAUCUACAUUAUCCUUCCAGCUUCCCAUGUAAUCUGCCUUAUNAUUAUAAAGCUCACGCAGUACCCUUCUUCAUUUCAUCCAGUCUACUACCUCUAGAUCUUCUUUACUUCAAGUCAGUUGUCGUCUUAAUGUAUGACGUCUCAAAUAACACAUCGCCACCUCAAAUACGUAAUUUAUUUAAUUACCAACAUAAUAUUCAUUCACAUAACACAAGAUCAUCAACAAGAGGCAACUUCUUUCUCGAAUACUCUAGAUUAGACAAGCUAAACAUGUCUUUUUUAAGGAACGGUGUUAGAGUCUGGAAUAACCUAUCUAAUGAAAUUCGUCAAAUGCCUAAAGUGAAAUUUAAACGCAACAUUCACAAUAUGCUCCUUCAGAAACUCUUGGAGGCGAAUGAGUAUAUGGAUCUAUUGGAUUUGAAUAUGUCUUGAAAACUAAACUCAGUUCAUUCUAUUAGCUUUCUAUCUACAUUAUCCUUCCAGCUUCCCAUGUAAUCUGCCUUAUUUCUCCUGAGAAUCUUCGUUUUUUUCCCAAAUGUUAUUAAUACUAGUCAGUAUACAGUAUUCACCUUAUUUUAAUGUAUUGUACAAUAAUAAUUAAUUUUACUUAGUAUUGUAAUUGUAUUGUAAUUGUAAUUAUUCACUUUGUAUUUAGUAUUCAGCUUAUUUUAAUGUAUUGUGCGAUAAUAAUUAAUUCUAUUUAGUAUUGUAAUUGUAUUGUAAUUGUAAUUAUUCACUUUGUAUGUAGUAUUCAGCUUAUUUUAAUGUAUUGUACGAUAAUAAUUAAUUCUACUUAGUAUUUUAAUUGUAUUGUUAUUGUAAUUAUUCUACUUAGUUUCAAGCCACUGCUCGCCUCGAAUAGCUAUAGCUAACUGCAAGCAGUGGUACAUCAUAUUUUGUAUUUUUCUCAAUUUUUCUUAAUAAACUUAAAACUUAAACUUGAAAACUUGAGCAACACCUUAAAGAGAAUUGGGAAAGAUGCCUCAGUGAUGAUAAUAUAACGAUCCCUCACAGAAUUAUUAGAAUAUACAACCAAAGAGGUGAUUGUGUCAAAGUCAUGCACACCAACUUUUUGGACACAGAAAAUGAUGAUAAUAGCUUGCAAAUUCAAGAAGAAAGAGAGGAUGAAACAGCUGAAGAUUCUAUGAAAGAUUUUCUCGAGGUGGAGGAUAAUGAGAACACAGUAGAAGUGACAGGACUGGAAGAGAUAACCACGCCUGAGGUUGAGGAUUUGUUGGUUGAGUGUAGCGAUGAUGAAAAUGAUGAUGAAGAACUGCAACCUCUGAAGACAUCAGUUUCUUUGUCACCAGCAAUUAGUGAAAGCAUCUCCAGAUACAAUCGGGACCAAAAUGUAAAUGGCUCUGAAGAAUCAGAAAGAUGUUCACCUGAAACAAGCCAGCAAAGUGAAAAAUCCCUUCCCCAUGACAGAGGAGACAGCCCACAGCAGAAAGAAAUUAUAACCAAGCUCUGUAAAAAUGUAGCCAGAAUAGUUGGGGAGACUGAUUGCGUUUUUAAAUAA